AUGUCACCUGCACCUUGUAAAGACUUUGAACAUAUGUAUGAGAAAUAUGGGAUAUCAGUCGACAUGUUUGAUGUUAUUAUUCACAAUGCUACGAAUCAAGGAGACUCUGCUACACGAAGAAUGUUUGCAUGGAGAGAAUGGUUAUACCCACGUCGUCAUUUAUAUGACAGAGUGUUCAUUUCAGACCUCCGGGACAUUUUCAUAUUUGGAGAUAUCUUCGCCACAUUCUCUCAAAACGAUUUUAUCGUUCAAAUUGAGUGUUUGAAUAACAACACCAACUGCUUUACGUUUAAAAGGAAGACGGACUACACUUGGAUGUACAAAACAAUAGGAAAAGAAGUGGCUGAUUCAUAUCGAAAAAACAGUUCAAAAAUAAGUAACAUGGGUACUAUUUUAGGGGGAACUGAUAAAGUGUUAAAUUAUUUACAGACAUUCAUUGAAAAUACUGAUUUUGAAAAAUGGAAGAUAUGGGGCUAUGACCAGUCAUUACACAACUGGUUGAUAUACACAAGAAAACUGGACUAUUUAAAUCCGGUUUUUGAAAGUUGUACUCAAAGAAUGUGUUAUGAAGAACGAGCAACUUUUGUAUAUAACAAUAUUACGAAAAUGGUUUAUAACAAAAAUACAAAAUGUUCGCCUGUUGUAAGACACAAAAUAUUUUAUAAAAGUAAUUACUACCAAUUCUCUAAAAAUUGA